AUGUUAAUAUUAACGAUAAUGAUAAUGAUAAUAAUAAUAAUUAAUAAUAAUAAUAAUAAUAAUAAUAAUAAUAAUAAUAAUAAUAAUAAUAAUAAUAAUAAUAAUAAUAAUAAUAAUAAUAAUAAUAAUAAUAAUAAUAAUAAUAAUAAUAAUAAUAAUAAUAAUAAUAAUAAUAAUAAUAAUAAUAAUAAUAAUAAUAAUAAUAAUAAUAAUAAUAAUAAUAAUAAUAAUAAUAAUAAUAAUAAUAAUAAUAAUAAUAAUAAUAAUAAUAAUAAUAAUAAUAAUAAUAAUAAUAAUAAUAAUAAUAAUAAUAAUAAUAAUAAUAAUAAUAAUAAUAAUAAUAACAAUAAUAACAAUAAUAAUAAUAAUAAUAAUAAUAAACAAUAA